GCAGGCAACAGCGAGUUGGUCGCUCCAAGCCCCGUAGAAUCGGAGGAAAAUCCCGCUGUAGGGGCGCCAUCAUGCCCGGACACCUGCAAGAAGGCUUUGGUUGCGUUGUAACCAAUCGGUUCGACCAAUUAUUGGAUGAUGAGUCGGACCCUUUCGAGAUUUUAAAGGCUGCGGAGAACAAGAAGAAAGAGGCGGCCGCUUCGAGUGCAUCGAAGACCGCCGCUCAAGCAGCCAAACAACCGAAGAAAGAAUCUCAGAAGGAGAGAAAGAACCCUCUGCUCGAUAAGAAAGAAGAUGCGCAGCCUCCAGUGCCUCUCAAGAAAGAAGGCAUUAGGAGGGUGGGCCGCAGGCAAGAGCAAGACGGAAGGUCUGGCCCCCAGCAUCAGGCUGGUCAAGGUGACAGUCGCCAGGGCGACAGGAGACCGGACAGACGGCCUCCCCGGGAACGCCGCUUUGACAAGCCAUCUGAGGACAAAUCGGAGAGUGGCGAGUUCAUCCCUGAGAAGCCGGCUGGGGACAGACCGCCGAGGGGGCGCGGUGGUGGCAGGGGAGGCAGAGGUGGGAGGGGCAGAGGCAUGGGAAGGGGAGAUGGCUUCGACUCCCGCGGGAAACGCGACUUUGACCGUCACAGCGGCAGCGAUAAAUCUGGCCAGAAAUCUGAUGACAAACGUGGUGGAGCUGGGUCACACAACUGGGGCAACGCUAAGGAUGAGGCAAGUGAGAACGAUCAGUCUGCUGCACCAGAGGUACCCCCAGCAGGAGAGGAAAACGCCCCGGCUGACUCUGAAAACAAGGAGAAUGAGGUAGAGGAGGUGAAGGAUGAAGGCCCAAAGGAAAUGACCCUGGACGAGUGGAAAGCCAUGCAGGACAAGGAACGCUCCAAGGUAGAGUUCAACAUCCGCAAACCCAACGAGGGGAACGAUGGCCAGUGGAAGAAGGGUUAUGUGCUACACAAGUCUAAGAGCGAGGAUGUCGGCACGAGACACGUUGGCGCCCUGAUUGACUCAGGAGAGGCAGAUGGUGACUCAGGCCAUAUGUACCACAAGGGUGCUGAGGAAGGAGUUGUGGAGCACCACUUCCGCAAGCCAGCAAACGACAUCACUUCCCAGCUGGAGAUCAACUUCGGAGACCUGGGCCGCCCAGGGCGUGGACGCGGGGGCUCUCGUGGAGGCAGGGGGGGUCGCGGCGGGGGAGGCAGCCGGGCAGGCCGCGGGGGCGGCAGGUCCGAAAAGUCGAGUGGCGUGUCCGUGCCCAACGUGGACGAUCCUGAGGCUUUCCCAGCUCUGGCCUAAAACCACAGCGUCGCCGUCCUUCACCCAUCCUCUGGCCCCUAAGAGCCUCCUCCCCCCUGCUCCUCCUGUUCCUCCUCUACCAGUCCUGCAUGCUUAUGGAUCCAUCAAUUAUAUAAAGCAACUAAGGAAAAAAAGAAAAAAAAAAUUAAAGAAGAAAGAGACUGUCAUCCAUACCAUACUUUCCAGGACUGAUCACACCUGUAUUAUAUAAUGGGAAGAAAAAGAAAAGAAAACACAGAGAAAAAAAAGACAAGGCGAAAGGACUUCUCUUGAGACACUGAAGCAGAUUGACACAGGUUUUUUUGUAUGUCCAGAUGUCGAUAGCAGGGAUGUUUCAUACCUUUUUUUGUUC